AAAAAGUAAUCCACAAAUAAUGGAAAAGGAAAAGUCGAUUCUUUUGCCAGUGGAUGCGGGGGUAUGAGUAUCUUCUUGAUAAACACAAGUAUAUAAAGCCGAGUUACCAACUUACAUUUUUUCAUCACUCACUCCAAUCCAUACUACCACACUUGACUACCCGCCGACUAAAGGAGAAGAAGCGACCAACCUUCACGGCCACCACAGUCCCACACCAAAUGGGAUUCCUUCCAACGACAAAUUCAUCGACGGGUAUGUCUGUUUUCCUCUCCGAUUCCCGCCUUUUUCCCUUUGGUGACAUGGGAGGUGGCCGUGAUUUUCUAUUUAAUCCAAUUCUCUUGCGUUUCUUGACGGCCUCUGUGCACUUGAUUUUGUUGUUUAUUGUUCUCGUUUCGUGGCUUCACAAGAAAUUUAGGAGCGACGGCGAUGAAAACCACAAACAUAGUGGUACAACAAUUAACAAUGUCUCAUACUACAAAACAACCCGUUUUUCCUCUUUAGCCCUUUCAUUCUUUAAUCUCACUCUAUGCCUUUUGAACCUCUUCUAUUGGUAUAGAAAUGGUUGGAGUGAUGAAAAGAUUCUAACUUUAUCGGAUUUGGCGGUCAAAACAGUUUCUUGGUUGUCUCUCUACCUUUUCUUGCAUAUAUAUUUCUCGAAUUCGAAAGAAACCAAGUAUCCACUCGUUUUGAGGCUUUGGUGGUUGCUGUUCUUCUGCGUAUCUUGUUAUUGCCUAGUAACCGACCUUCUUUAUUUCGAAAAGGCCAAAUAUUUGUCGAUUCUGUUUUGGGCCUCUGAUAUUGUUUCCAUCCUUCUGAGUUUAGUGUUCUGUUUCACUGGGUUUUGGGGUAGGAAAAUGGAUGAGAACACUAUCCUUGAGACACCCCUUUUAAUUGGUAGUGCUAGAAAUGGUAUAGAGUCUGAGACACCAGCCAAAGGGGACGAGACUGUGACCCCUUACGCCGAUGCUGGUUUUUAUAGUCUCUUUACUUUCUCGUGGAUGGGUCCUUUAAUCGCUCUAGGAUACAAGAAAACGUUGGACCUCGAGGAUGUUCCUCAGCUUGCCGGCUUGGACACUGCUAGAGGGGCAUUUCCAGUUUUGAAUGAUAAGCUGGAAUCUUAUAGUGGAGGAAGUAACAGAGUCACCACGAUCAUGCUGGCCAAGGGGUUGCUUUAUACGGCGUGGAGAGAAGUCGUGCUAUCUGCUGUUUGUGUGCUGAUAUACACUUUGGCUUCUUAUGUUGGUCCAUACCUUAUUGAUGUGUUUGUCCAGUACUUAAAUGGAAGUAGACAUUUCGAAAAUGAGGGCUAUAUAUUGGUUUCUGCAUUUACCAUUGCAAAGUUGUUUGAGUGCUUUUCCCAGAGACAUUGGUUUUUUAAGGUUCAGCAGGCUGGUUAUAGGGCGAGGGCAGCUUUAGUUGCCAAAAUAUAUAAUAAGGGAUUGACGCUUUCAUGUCAAUCGAAGAAAGAACAUACAACGGGGGAAAUUAUUAAUUUCAUGGCAGUUGAUGCUGAGAGGAUAGGUGACUUUGGUUGGUAUAUGCAUGAUCCAUGGAUGGUGGUUCUGCAGGUCGUCUUAGCAUUAAUUAUAUUGUAUAGAGAUCUUGGGCUUGCUUCAAUAGCUGCACUUGUUGCUACUAUUUUGGUCAUGUUAGCAAAUGUUCCACUUGGGAAAUUGCAGGAGAAAUUUCAGGACGAGCUAAUGAAAUGCAAAGAUAAAAGGAUGAAGGCGACUUCAGAAGUCUUGAGGAACAUGAGAAUCCUUAAACUUCAGGCUUGGGAGCUGAAGUUUCUCUCUAGAAUUCAGGAUCUUAGGAGUGUAGAAACGGGGUGGUUGGCAAAAUAUCUUUAUACGACAGCCUUCACCACAUUUGUCUUUUGGGGUGCUCCUACGUUUGUGUCUGUGGUAACUUUUGGUUCUUGUAUGCUGAUGGGAAUCCCACUUGAGUCGGGAAAGAUACUAUCUGCGCUGGCAACGUUUAGGAUUCUUCAAGAGCCAAUCUACAAUCUGCCUGAUACAAUAUCGAUGAUUGUUCAGACCAAGGUUUCCCUGGAUCGAAUUGCGUCAUUCCUUUCUGUUGACGACCUGCCACCAGAUGUAGUAGAGAAGCUUCCGGUUGGUGGUUCUGAUAUUGCCAUUGAGGUAAUAAAUGGAAACUUUUCCUGGGAUGUAUUAUCUCCUAGUCCCACCUUGAGAGAUAUUAAUUUUAGAGUGUCACCUGGCAUGAGGGUUGCAAUUUGUGGUAUGGUUGGUUCUGGCAAGUCGAGCUUACUUUCUAGUAUUUUGGGGGAAAUACCAAAAAUAUCUGGGGCGGUUAGUCUUUCAGGAUCAAAAGCCUAUGUUGCUCAGUCAGCUUGGAUACAAAGCGGAAAGAUAGAAGAAAACAUACUGUUUGGUAAGGAAAUGGAUAGACAACGGUACAAUAGGGUCCUCGAAGCAUGUUCACUGAACAAAGACCUGGAGAUUCUCCCUUUUGGGGAUCAAACUGUUAUUGGUGAGAGAGGAAUCAACAUGAGUGGUGGACAGAAGCAAAGGAUACAGAUUGCACGAGCUCUUUACCAAGAUGCCGACAUCUAUUUAUUUGAUGAUCCAUUCAGUGCUGUGGAUGCACAUACAGGCACUCAUCUUUUCAAUGAAUGCAUUAUGGGGCUUCUGGAUUCCAAAACCAUUAUUUAUGUUACUCAUCAAGUGGAGUUUCUGCCUGCUGCUGACCUUAUUCUGGUUAUGAAAGAAGGACAAAUUAAACAAGCAGGCAGGUACAAUGACAUCCUCCGAUCAGGAAGUGACUUCAUGGAACUAGUUGGUGCACACGAGGAGGCGUUAUCAGCUCUUGAUUCCAUGAGUGUGGAGAAAUCAGUGAGUGGUGAGGGAAGCAGCUCAACAAAUGCUAAGCCUGUUUUGCAGAGGCAGGAAUCUCAAAGACAUGGAAAUGAUAAUGUUAAUGAGGUAACAAAGGGUGGUCAGCUUGUUCAAGAAGAAGAAAGAGUAAAAGGAAGUGUAGGACUGUCAGUUUACUGGAACUAUAUUACGACAGCGUAUGGAGGACUCUUAGCACCCAUUGCUUUGCUAUGUCAGAUAGCGUUUCAGGCACUUCAAAUCGGAAGCAAUUACUGGAUGGCUUGGGCAACUCCUGUUUCGAAGGAUGAAGCAGCUCGAGUUGGAGGAUCUACCCUUAUCCUUGUCUAUGUUGCUUUGUCAAUUGGAAGUGCUUUUUGCGUUUUGGGCAGGGCUUUAUCUGUUGUGACCAUUACCUACAAGACUGCAAACAUACUCUUUAACAAAAUGCAUCUCUGCAUAUUCCGUGCACCCAUGUCUUUCUUUGAUUCCACUCCAAGUGGGCGGAUUCUCAAUAGGGCAUCUACGGACCAAAGCACUGUGGAUUUGAACAUGGGUAUCAUUGCGCUAUUUUCUUUUGCCGUAAUUCAGCUUCUAGGAGUUGUUGCAGUCAUGUCACAAGUUGCUUGGCAGGUCUUCAUCAUUUUCAUUCCAGUAAUUGCAAUUUGCAUAUUGUUGCAGCGAUAUUACAUAGCUGCUGCACGAGAACUCGCCCGACUAUGUGGAGUGAGCAAAGCUCCAGUUAUACAACACUUCUCUGAGACACUGUCAGGAUCAAUCACAAUUCGAAGUUUUGAUCAAGAACCCAGAUUCCGAGAUACUAGCUUGAGACUAAUAGAUGGAUAUUCCAGACCAAAGUUUAAUACUGCUGGCGCCAUGGAAUGGCUAUGCCUUCGUUUGGAUGUGUUGUCUCUCAUGACGUUUGCCUCUGCACUGAUUUUCCUGAUUACUCUUCCAGAAGGAACUAUUGAUCCAAGUCUUGCUGGUUUAGCAGUGACAUAUGGCCUCAAUUUGAAUAUGUAUCAAUCCUGGGUUGUUUGGAACCUUUGCUUUAUGGAGAACAGAAUCAUAUCAGUCGAAAGAAUACUUCAGUAUACUUCACUUCCAAGUGAACCUCCUCUUGUUAUAGAGUCGAGCAGGCCCGAGAGUUGCUGGCCUACCCAAGGAGAAGUUAAUAUCAAAGACCUUCAGGUUCGAUAUGGUCCUCACAUGCCCUUCGUGUUAAGAGGCAUAACAUGUACUUUCUUUGGUGGAAAGAGGACUGGUAUAGUAGGAAGGACAGGAAGUGGCAAAUCAACUCUUAUUCAGACUCUGUUCCGAAUUGUAGAACCAACAGUCGGACAGAUACUGGUUGAUGGUGUCAAUAUUUUAGAUAUUGGACUGCAUGAUUUACGAUCUAAGUUAAGCAUAAUCCCUCAGGAUCCAACUAUGUUUGAGGGAACUGUUCGAACUAACCUCGACCCCCUUGAAGAGUAUACAGAUGAGCAGAUAUGGGAGGCUCUUGAUAAAUGCCAGCUUGGUGAUGAGGUUAGGAAAAAGGCAGAGAAGCUUGAUUUUGCAGUGUCCGAGAAUGGAGAGAACUGGAGCGUGGGUCAAAGGCAGCUAGUUUGUCUUGGGCGCGUGCUUCUGAAGAAAAGCAAGGUUCUGGUGCUGGAUGAGGCAACAGCGUCUGUCGACACAGCAACUGAUAAUCUGAUUCAACAGACCCUGAGAAAUCAUUUCUGUGACUCGACAGUUAUAACGAUUGCACAUAGGAUAACAUCCGUACUGGACAGCGACAUGGUUGUUCUGUUGGAUAACGGAUUGCUGAAGGAAUACGACACGCCGGAGAAGUUGUUGGAGGACCAGUCAUCUCUGUUUUCAAAGCUGGUGGCGGAAUACAGCAUGAGAUCAAGUUCUAGUGUUGAAAAUCUUUCAAAUGUAAAUCAAUAGCAAAUGAUGAUGAUGAAACUUACUUGUCAAUAAUUCACAAAUGAAUAACUUCAAGCUUUUCUUUUUGGUUGUUUAGGCAGAAAACGUCCUAUAAGUUUUUGUGCUUUAUAAUUUUUGUUUCUAGAUUCUUGUACAACUUGUUUGUAUUAAUAUAAGGGGUGAGCUAAAAAGAUUGAGAAA